CAAGUCAAGUUUGUACAUAAUAUAAAAUUUAAGCACUCUUCCGAAUUCCGGGUGUGAUCGCCAGAUUGUAGUAUCGAAAUUCCCCGUGUCCCUGCGCCUCCACCACGUCCUCGUCCCCUCCAUUGUAGUUCACCUUCAUCCACCACCAACAUUUCGCAGUCCCAAAGUCAAGAUGUCCGCCAUCCUGCUGUACGGAAUUUGCCUGGGUCUAUCCAUUCUGUUGCUGCUCGUGGGCGCUGCCCUGGGACCUCUAAAACGGCUAGUCCUGACCAGGAGAGGUCACAACCAGUUGUCAUUGGUGCCGGCGCCUCAGCGUGGCAGACAGAGAGAACCCUACGAUCCCUUGGAGCAAUCAUCGUGGCACAAAUCAAUCCGCGAGCACAUCCGCCACUUGGCCCGCUACGUCCAUGUGCCACCGGAUCUGGAGGAAGCCGGGAUGCCCGAGGAGCUCCAUCGCCACAUGCAGGUUCUGGCCAUGCUGCAGGAUCUAUUCAGGGCGGGAAAUUUGCAAAGGACCUCCGUUUCCGUUUCCGCCUCCGCGCCGGAUCUUGAUCUUAACCAGAAUCGCUGAGAGGUAAUAAUAGGAAUAGUGGGAGAAAAAAAGCAGCUGCCAUUUCGGGUUCCAUUAUAGUCCAUGAUCCCCAAAUAAAUUCGAUGCUUAA